CUCUGGCUGCUUCGUGGUGACUCCUCGGUCAACGGCACAUGACAGGCUGCAAACACCAGACCAGGUCAACAUGCUGUCGAUACCAGAUCUGAUCAAGAAGAAGGGAGACGGAGAAGCGCUGAGCGACGAGGAGAUCAGAACUUUCAUCAACGCCGUCACGAACCAAACCAUCCAGGAAUGUCAGAUAGGUGCGAUGCUGAUGGCGAUCUGGCAGAAGGGGAUGGUCGUCACGGAGACCGAGACCCUCACUAGAGAGAUGAUGUUAUCGGGUGAAGUGAUGUCAUGGCCAAAGGAGUGGGCGGGGCUCGUGGUUGACAAACACUCGACAGGUGGCGUGGGAGAUAAAAUCAGCCUUGUGUUAGCGCCAGCGCUCGCCGCCUGUGGCUGCAAGGUACCUAUGAUCAGUGGGCGGGGCUUAGCUCAUACAGGAGGUACCCUGGACAAACUGGAGUCGAUUCCAGGAUUCAACAUCCACCAAUCAGCUGAGCAGAUUCAGAAGAUCCUGGGCUCUGUGGGCUGUUGCAUUGUGGGUCAGACGAAGACGCUGGUCCCUGCAGAUCGAGUCCUUUAUGCCCUGCGGGACGCCACCAGCACCGUGGACAGUUUACCUCUCAUCACAGGUUCUAUUAUUUCUAAGAAAGGUGCUGAGUCUCUGACGGCUCUGGUGCUGGACGUGAAGUUUGGAAAAGCUGCUCUGUAUAAAGAUCUGGACAGUGCUAAACAACUGGCUCAGUCUCUGGUGAACGUAGGAAACGGUCUGGGCAUCCGUACCUCCGCAGUGCUCAGUCAUAUGGACAGUCCGAUUGGUCGAUGUGUGGGCAACAGCCUGGAGGUGAUGGAGUCUCUGGAGACGCUGAAGGGAAACGGACCUGAAGACGUGAUGGAGCUGGUGACGACUCUCGGAGGUCUGCUGCUGAUGAUGACCGGCUCGGCGUCGGACCUGUCAGAC